ACUUCGGAUGACGCGCGAUCUGAUCUCACGGCCCAGGUCGAGGACUUGCUGAAUACGCUGUCCAACAAGUUCGCCGGCGUUUCAAGCGAGAUCUUUGCCAAGAUGGAUGAGAUGUCCAGGCGUCUGGACAAUCUCGAGGCGCAAUUAGUGGCAAACAAGGACAAA